AUGAUGGGGCAGAUUCAUUGCUUUGGGCUUCUGAAGCAAGUGUUGAAUGGGCACAGUUCCCAAACUAACCCUUUUCAAAGAAGAGUGAGAUGUCGGGGUAUUUUACGAAGAUUUCCCAACUCUACUGAACACAUCAGUGACACAAUGCGUACAUCAUUCUACCAGCAGCAAGAUGGAGAGCCAGCAAUGAGUAAUUCUCGCAUGUAUACUCGAAGAAGAUACACUCCAUAUGGUGUUCCAUCCCAUCAUCAGAGAAUUAACUUACACAAACGAAACCAAAUGCAUGUUAACAGGGAAGGAUGGCCAAAACUUCCAGAGAGAAAAAUGGAAAGGUGCAAGCAAGAUGACACCUCAAAGAACUGGUUCAAGGUCAUAAUUCCCUUUGGCCUAAAAUAUGAUGCGAAGUGGCUGUUGAAUUUGAUUCAGAGCCAGUGCAGUAUCCCUUUCACACCAGUGGAGUUUCACUAUGAGAAAAUGCAGGCCCAGUUUUUUGUUGAUAAUCCCAGCCUUGCCUUUGAACUGAAAAAUAUCAGUGACAAGAUUUUGGAUGAGUUUAAUAACAAGCCUCAGAGUCAUAGAACUCCAUCUGUGCAGCUGGCUACGAGCCAACAGGGUUCUACUUCUCAGCAAGUUCUUAACACACAGAGACACCCCUUUGACCAAGGUUUGAUGACCCCUCCUUCGGACAUGGCACUGAAUCCUGGAAGGUACAUGGCUCCUUCCCUGGAUACCCUUGAAGAGGACAUGAGCCAGGUGAAGCCUGCAGGGGCGAUAGUCAAGGAGCAAGACCCAGAUUUGGAAGAGAUACAUGCAGACAAAAGUUCUCUGAGUACUACCAUCCAGGAUAAGUCCAGUAACAUAAAUUCAAUUCUGGAAUUGUUCCCCAAGUUAUUAAGCCUGAAUGGGCAGGAAUCACCUAAACCAACUCUCUGUAACCUUGAAGACAAAAAGAGUUUACCAAGUUGCAAGGGAAGUUUCUUUGGAUCUGAGUCUGUAAAGACUCUGGUGCUACAGUUCCUGCAGCAGUAUUACUUCAUUUAUGACAACGGAGAUCGGCAGGGACUCCUCAAUGCCUAUCAUGCUGAGGCUUGCUUCUCAUUGACAGCCCUCUUCACUUCCAUGGACUUAUCCUCGAAUAACUUGUGUGAGUACUUCAAGUAUAGCAGAAAUAUGAGGGUUCUGAAAGAUCCUUAUAUGAAGAGGCAGAUGCUGAAGCAUAAACAAUGUGACAUUAUUUACUUUCUUCGUACAUUGCCCAAAACUCAGCAUGACCUCAACUCCUUUGUGGUGGACAUGUGUUUCCAGACAGAUACGAUGCUCUGCUUCUGUGUUAGUGGAUUGUUCAAGGAAGUCGAGGGCAGCUCUGGGGGAUGUGCCCAUGCCUUCACUCGGACCUUCAUUGCUACCUAUGGCAACAGUUCAGACUUUUGUAUCGUCAAUGACAAGCUGUUUGUGAGGAAUCUCCAAAGGCUUCACAGUGCCUCCAUCUCUGUGACCAAAUCUUCCAGCUAUUUGCCUGGCCUCUAUGGAGAUCAACAGAAGAUGAUGCAAACAUUUUAUACACAAUCUGGCAUGAAUGUUGAGUGGUCUCAGAAGUGCCUUAAUAAUGAAGAGUGGGAUUACAGCAAAGCAAUACAAAGCCUUGCUUUGUUAAAGGUGAAGGACACAAGCCCAGAGGAUACCUUCACACAGACAGGUCCGAGAUCCUAA